UCCACCCGCAACCACCGCUCAAAACCAAUUUUCGCCCCCACACGUGUCGGCCGCUCCCCCUUCUACCUAAAAUUGUACCUUCACUCCCCCCAUUUUCCCCUCCACGAAGUAAAUUUCCUUUUCUUCCCACUAUUCAAUUCAUUCAUACUCACAUUGCAAUUUUCUUUUUUUUUUUCUUCUAAAUUUUGCAAUUCCCCCCAUCAAUUCAUUUUAUCCAUGUUCAUGCUAAAGGUUUCAUUUUGAACCCCAAUUCAAGGACCCCGUAUCUCUCUGUGGUAUAUAAAAAAAGAUAAUAGAAAAGAGAAAGGUUUUUGGGUUUUGAAGAAAUAGAUCAGGUGUUUUUGUUUUUCGCCCUUUAUAAUUUGAUCGUUCUUCAAUUAUUUCUUAGUGUCAUAAAUUUUUAGCUCUUCCUCUGCAAAUAUGGUGUGAUUCUUUCAAAUCCUAGCUUUUUUUUAGUAUUCUCUUCAAGCUCUUUUUAUUUAUUAGCCACAUUAGGAAUUCUUUGAUUCUUUCUGUAUAUAAGGAACCCAGUUAUGGUUGACAAAGGUCAUAUCCUUGUAGGAUUAGUUGCAGGAUCAACUCUGUGAUAUUUUUGGUGCUCCGUUUUAGUUUGUCAUUGAAAAGUUGAGGGUUUUCUUGUCUGAAAUAAAUUUAGCACGUCCAGUCACCUAGAAAAUAAAAAAGGAAGCAACUUUAGUUGGUUGGAGUUUAGUGGUUUUCAUCUCCUAUUCUUUUAGUUUAUUGGGAUAGUGAAGAUAGAGAAGGAACUGAUUUAGUUAUUGCUGUAGAAAUAUUGAAAUGGCCUUGAACUUCAGCUGUGAGAGGGACAUAUUUGAUUGCAGCUCAUCGGAACCUGCAUCAAUGGACAUCGUUGACCGUUUGCCAUCUGAUCCUUUUGGGAUGGAUAUUGAAACUACUUUCAGUGCCAUCACUGGGUGGUUGGAGGACCUGCAGGUUGAUUAUGGUGGUUUCAUGAGGAGAAAUAAUGACAUGUCCUCUCAAGAAGGUUACCAUUCAUCUGCAGGAUGGAAUAUAAUUUGGAAUAAUUCUAUUCACGUAGAAUCAUUUCCACGCAGUAUUCAAUUGAAUGAGAGACUGAGUGCGGGUAUGCAGGAUUACAUACCCAAUGGCUUUCAGUUUGACCACGAUCUUGAUGCAGCUCUUACAUUGAGUACAUAUGAGAACAUUGGCUUCAACAAUGGGAGUGCUAGCUGCAGUCAUGAGAUGGGAUCUGGAGGGGAAGUGGAGGGUGCAUCUGCAUUUGAAGGAGCACCCCACGAAGCUUUUAAUUAUGUUCUUAGCUAUCUAGGAGUGAAGGACCUUUUGUCUGUAGAAAGGUCUUGCAGUUUCUUGUCGUCUACUGUCCGAGGGGAUCCCUUGUUUUGGAGGACUAUCCACAUUGAUCAGCCUCUAAAUGAAAGGAUCACGGAUGAUGUUCUCGUGCAAUUGUCUGGUAGGGCUCAGGGUAAACUUGAAAGUUUGAGCUUAGUGGAGUGCCCUAAAAUCACUGAUGAUGGUUUGAGGCGAGUGCUUGAAGAAAAUCGACGAUUAACUAAGCUGUCUGUUCCUGGAUGUACAAGGAUCAGUAUAGAUAGCAUAGUGAAUUGUAUCAGAGCCUACAACUGCAAUAAUGAAUUUGGAGGUAUAAAACAAGUUAGAAUUGGUGGCCUCUAUGGUGUGAGCCAAGAGCAUUUCAAAGAGUUGAACUCAUUAAUGGGUUCCAUGGACAAGAAGUUUGAAACUGCGCACAAGCCACAUUUCUAUCACCGAGGGAACUUUUAUCUUCCAUAUGAUGAUGAUCGAACAAUCGAUAUUGAAAUGUGUUUGAAAUGCGAGAAGUUCAGAUUGGUUUACGAUUGUCCAAGUGAAGGCUGCAGGGCCAAAGAUAAGUCACCUGAGGUUUGCAAAGCUUGCACUCUCUGCAUAGGAAGGUGUGCUCAGUGCGGCCGAUGUAUUAAUGAUACUGAAUUUGAGGAGACGUUCUGCCUAGAAUUGCUAUGUUCGGACUGUUUUAAGCAGCUGCCCUCUUACCAGGACAAGCUUGAUGAGGAAGACAACUUUAUGGAGCUUGAUGAUGCUGUGUAAGUUAUCACUUCCAUCUUCCAUUAGUAUGUGGUCUUUAAAUCUAGGAGCAAGAGGAUGCCGGGUAGUCCGAUUCAAUUCUCUACUGCAGAGAGGAUGGUGAUCUUGUUGGGGUGAGUUGGAUGCUCUACGGCAGAGGGGAUGAUGGUCUUGUUGGGCUUGUAGCUUUUUCAGUAUUGGUACAAAAAACAGAAGCCAAAUUGGGAAGGAUAAAAAAUGAAAAAAAGCAUAAAGAGUAUAAACUCUUGAAAGAAUAGAUGGCUGAAAAACUAGAGACAGAAUCUGUUGACAUGGAUAAUAGCAUUGGAAGCUAAUGUUUAGUUGUUAAACUUUUCACUAUGUGAAAGGCAUUCUCUAUAAUCUUGUUAAUGGUUUUAUUACUGUAUCCUGUAAAACUCAAGAUUUUAUGCAUAUUGCAACUGUUGCAGUUCUUGGAUGUAUCUUGGUGCA